UGCCCUUCUCUUCCUCCCCGCUGGCGUGCCCGUGGCGCCGGACCCCGGCUGCCGGAUGCGGCCUCCCCCGGUGCGGGUGCUGCGCCUGGGCCGCGCGGCCUACCUGGACUCCCUGGCGGCGCAGGGCCGCUGCGUGAGGCGCCACCGCGAGGCCCCGGCCUCCUCUGAGGCGCCGCACCGGCUGCUGCUGUGGGAGCCGUCGGGCCCCGUCUUCACGGUGGGGCUGCGCGGCCUGGACGCCCGGCGGGCCUCGGCGGCGGAGGAGGAGCGUCGCCUGAGGGCGCUGGGCGCCGGCUUCGAGCGCGUCCCCCGCGGCGGCCUGGCCACCUUCCACGGGCCCGGCCAGCUGGUGGCCUACCCGGUGCUGGACCUGCGGCGCUUCGGGCUGCCCGUGCGGGGCUACGUGGCCGCCCUGGAGAGCGUGGCCGUGGCCGCCUGCCGCAGGCUCGGCCUCCCGCAAGCCGCCGCCCUGCCGCCGCCCUGCACCGGCGUCUGGCUCCGCGGGAGGAAGGUCUGCGCCAUCGGCAUCCACUGUGGAAGGCAUAUCACCUCUCACGGUUUGGCUCUGAACUGCUGCACCGACUUGACGUGGUUUGACCACAUUGUUCCUUGUGGGCUGGAGGGGAAGGAGGUGACGUCUCUGAGCAGAGAACUCCAGAGACACGUCUCAGUUGAAGAAGCCACCGAGCCUUUUCUGGCUGCCUUUCAAGAGGUGUUCAAGUGCACUUUGAUGGAAGGAUCUCCAACAGAGAAUUAGGAGUUUGGGAGAAUGAAUUGUCCUAAUAUCCGCCUGCUCCUUAGGAACACACAGUGCUGUUCCUAACGGAAGAUCUACUGAAUCAUGAAAAUCACUGUAUGCCUUUGUGUAUGAGGUUUGUCUUCUGCUACCAAUGUGGUGCCUUCAGAUAUUACUGUGUUACAACUCCCAUUAUCCCAUUAGCUGUGUGGGCUGGGUAUGAUAGGAAUUGGAGUUCAACGACAUCUGGAGAGACUGGGCCAACCCAGUUCUGCUGCAUAGACUUGAAAUGUUGGAGCUUCCUUUCCCAGCCAGUCCUGGGAAUUUUGCCUUUUUGUGAAAGGAGAGUCCCAAGGAAUUUUCAACGGAAUGAUCAGCGUCUCAAAUAAACUACGGUUUCCAAGAAGCCGUGAUGGUAUUAAAGGUGUUCAAAGUU